AUGCAGAUACUACUUGAUCACGGUUCCUUCACAAUAGCUCAAAAGCCCAGAGCACAGAGAAACGACGUGAAUUUGACUGAUGUCCCACCAAGGAACAACAAGAGAGACAAAUAUCGGCGGGUUGGGGGUUCUCCUUCGAUAGAACAUGAGCUAUCGCCAGAGAAUGAAGAUGAACGAGUUGAGCGCCCACCAGUCACUUUCGGCGGUCGUCAGGCCUUUAGUGUGACCCCUCAUACAUCUUACUAUCAUGUUCGGUUUGCUUCUAGAAACGUCGCUUUUUCGGUAUUGGAGAUUUUUUCGAGUCUAGUACUACUAUGA